UUGCAACGGCUACAACUUGUUCGUGAUUUAAAAUCCUUCACGAAUCUUAAAGAAGUCGUCCUUCUUCUCCACAAAAAAAGCCACCGCAACAGUUCUCAAAGCUGUCCAACGGACUCUGACAGCCUGUUCUCUUCUUUGUGGGUGUAUAUAACUCCGCCUACCCGUUUCCCUCUUACCUACCAACGCAGCCAUCAGCUCCGCUUCAAGACUCGAGCUUUUUGAGUCCUCUUUGCUUCUGUUUGUUUGGAAGACCAAGCGAUGGCCGAGGAGACCAAGACGGAGGCACCAGAGGCGGCUCCCGCCGAGGAGGUUGUCGUCGCGGAGGUGGCGGCCGCGGAGAAGGAGGUUGUUGAUGAGCCGCCGCCGCCGCCUGCGCCUGAGCCUGAGCCUGCCCCCGAGGUGCAAAAGCCGACCAAGAAUCCGGCUUUGGAAGUCGCGUUGGCCGCUGAGGCGGCGGCCGAGGCGGAGGAGAAGAAGGCCGCGGCGCAGGAGGCGGAGGCGGCUGCUAAGGCCGCCACCAUCCUCCAAGCUGUCUCCUUUAAGGAGGAGAGCAACCUCGCUUCCGACCUCGAUGACCCCGAGAAGAAGGCCCUCGAGGAGCUCAAGCAGCUCGUCCAGGCCGCUCUCGCCAAUAAUGAAUUCUCCCCUCCUCCUCCUCCGCCGCCGCAACCGGCCCCCGCUGCCGCUGCACCCACAUCUGCUGAGGAACCUCCUUUCAAGGCGGAGGAGGCCAAGGCUGUAGAGGAACCCGCUGCUACCCCGGUGGAAGAGCCCCAUAAGGCCGUGGCGGAGGAGGCCAAAGCUGAAGCGGAACCCGCUGCUACCCUGGUGGAAGAGCCCCAGAAGGCUGUGGUUGAGGAGGCCAAGGCUGAAGCGGAACCGGCUGCUACCCCGGUGGAAGAGCCCCAGAAGGCCGUGGCGAAGGAGGCCAAGGCUGAAGAGGAACCCGCUGCUACCCCGAUAGAAGAACCCCAGAAGGCCAUGGCGGAGGAGUCGGCCCCACCGGCCAAGGAGGAAGAGGCCGAGAAGCCGGCGCCGGCGUCGGCGUAUCCUACGGCGGAGAAGGCCGUCGUGGUGGAUGAUGACGGCGCCAAGACCGUUGAAGCCAUAGAGGAAACCGUCGUCCCCGUCGCCGCUCCACCACCCGCAGAGACCGAGGCACCGGCGGCCGAAGCGCCGAAGGCGGAGAAGGAAGAGGAAAAGUCACCUGCUCCUCCCACCGAGCCGACUCCACCGGCGCCGGAGGAGGUCUUCAUCUGGGGCGUCCCGCUUCUCGGCGACGAGCGGAGCGACACCGUUCUCCUCAAGUUCCUCCGCGCCCGGGACUUCAAGGUGAAGGAAGCCAUGGCCAUGCUCAAGAACGCCGUGCUCUGGAGGAAGGAGUUCGGCAUCGAGGCACUCCUCGAAGAGGACCUCGGCGUCCUGGAGAUGGAGAAGGUGGUCUUCAUGCAUGGAGUCGACAAGGAGGGCCACCCCGUGUGCUACAACGUCUACGGGGAGUUCCAAAACAAGGAGCUUUACGCAGCAGCCUUCGCCGAUGAGGAGAAGAGGAAGCGGUUCUUGAGGUGGAGGAUUCAGUACCUGGAGAAGGGGAUAAGAAACUUGCUUGACUUCAAGCCGGAAGGGGUUUCAACAAUGGUGCAGGUCACUGAUCUCAAAAAUUCCAUUGGCCUGGCAAAGAAGGAGCUCCGCCAGGCUCUCGACCUGCUUCAAGAUAACUAUCCCGAGUUUGCAGCCAAGCAGGUGUUCAUCAAUGUCCCCUGGUGGUACCUGGCUUUCAACAGGAUGAUUAGCCCAUUCUUUACACAGAGGACCAAAAGCAAGUUCGUCUUUGCAGGGCCAUCUAAAUCAGCUGAGACCCUUUUCAAAUACAUAGCUCCCGAGCAAGUCCCUGUUCAAUUUGGAGGCCUGAGCAAGGAGAAUGACACAGAUUUCAGCACCGCUGAUGCUGUUAUAGAGACAACCAUUAAGCCCUCAACAAAGCAAGCGAUCGAGAUUCCAGUUACUGAGUCAUGCAUUCUUGUUUGGGAGCUUCGUGUUCUGGGUUGGGACGUGAAUUAUCGUGCUGAGUUUGUGCCUCGUGCCGAAGAUGGAUACACAGUGAUUGUGCAGAAGUCGAGGAAGAUGGUCGUGACCGAUGAGCCUGUGGUGAAGGACAGCUUCAAAAUUGGAGAGGCUGGCAAGGUGGUUCUCACAGUGGACAACACCACCUCCAAAAAGAAGAAACUCCUCUACAGAUACAAGACCAAGAGCUCUAGUGAUUCAAUUUGAGGUGCUUGCUGUUGCCCAAUCGCGAAAACCGAAAGAAGACAUAGCGCUUUCUGUUGAUUACAUAGAGAGUUCUAGCACUUUACGUUCAUGGAUUUUGUGUUGAGUUAAUUGUUUUGCAUGAUCUAAGUGGAUGGAUGCUGUUCUUUGCGAGUCGAAUUCGUUUUGUGAAAAUAGGUACAAUGAGGACCUCUCUUGCUGCUGUCCUGUAAAUUAAAUCUUGUAUACAUGCUGUCUGUCAUAUGA